AUGCAGCUCGCACAUUAUUUCCUGCCAGGCGAGCGACCUUGUGGCCAGCUGAAGGCCUUCAGGAGUUCCCUCUACAGCUUUGCAUCUGCUGUAGCCGAGUUGCAAGGUGUUCGUCUUGUCAGUGGAUCUAACGAUGCUGAAGGCAGAGUAGAAAUCAAGCAUGAAGGAUCCUGGGGAACUAUCUGUGAUGGUGGCUGGGAUCCAAGAGACGCGAUGGUGGUUUGCAGAAUGCUAGGUUUUGAUAGAGCCUUGGGUGCACCGCGAUCUGCACGGUAUGGUCAGGGAUCUGGUCGUAUUCUGCUAAAGUAUGUCAAUUGUGAGGGAACAGAAGACAAUCUAGCUGACUGUGCUCAUGCAGGGAUCGGACGUUUCUCAUGCACUCAUACAAGUGACGCAGGAGCCAUUUGCUACUCAGGAACCCAUCCAAACCCAUUUCAAGUUCGCCUUGUCGGUGGAUCUAACGAUGCUGAAGGCAGAGUAGAGGUCAUGCAUGAAGGAUCCUGGGGAACAGUCUGUGAUACUUGGUGGGAUCUGAGAGACGCGAGGGUGGUCUGCAGAAUGCUGGGGUUUGAUGGAGCCGUGGACGCACCGGGAUCUGCAUGGUUCGGUCAGAGCUCUGGUCGUAUUCUGCUAAAGUAUGUUAACUGUGACGGAACUGAAGAUAACCUAGCUGACUGCGCUCAUUCAGGGAUUGGACGUUAUUCAUGCAGCCACACAAGGGAUGCAGGAGCCAUUUGCUACUCAGGAAUUCGUCUUGUCGGUGGGUCUAACGAUGCUGAGGGCAGAGUAGAAGUCAUGCAUGAUGGAUCCUGGGGAACUAUCUGUCAUUCUCACUGGGAUCUGAGAGACGCAAGGGUGGUUUGUAGAAUGAUGGGGUUUGAUGGAGCCUUGGACGCACGGGGAUCUGCAAGGUUCGGUCAGGGUUCUGGUCGUAUUAUUCUAGAUGAUGUCGGGUGUGAGGGAACAGAAGUAAACGUAGCAGACUGUGCUCAUUUAGGGAUUCGAGUUCACAAAUGUGGACAUGAUGAAGAUGCGGGCGCUACUUGUUACAAUGGAGCCCAUCCGAAUCCUUUCGGAAUAAGGCUCGUCGGUGGUUCGAGCAGUGCUAAAGGCAGAGUUGAGGUUUUGUACGAUGGAUCCUGGGGAACUAUCUGUGAUAGUGGCUGGGAUCUCAGAGACGCGAGGGUCGUCUGCAGAAUGCUGGGGUUUGAUGGAGCGUUGGACGCAACAACGUAUGCAAGGUUCGGUCAGGGAUCUUGGGAUAUACUUAAUCUUGUCGGCUGUGAUGGCAAGAAGGACAAUCUUGCGGACUGUGCAUAUCUUGGGAUAGGUGUCAAUUACUGCAGACAUGGAAAGGAUGCUGGUGCCAUAUGUUACUUGGGAGCCCAUCCAAACACUGUGGGAGUACGGCUCGUGGGUGGAUCUAAUAGUUAUGAAGGAAGAGUGGAGAUCAGAUACAACGGCACCUGGGGAACAGUUUGCAACGAUGGCUGGGAUUUGCAAGAUGCAAAAGUCGUAUGCAGAAUGUUAAGGUUUGUCGACGCUUCGACUGCACCAGGUUUAGCCCAGUUUGGCGAGGGGUCCGAUAAAAUUCUCCUGUCUCAUGUCGGGUGCGAUGGGACGGAAGACAAUCUUGCGGACUGCGCACAUCUAGGGUUUGGAGUGCACAACUGUCAACAUAACGAAGACGCUGGGGUCAGGUGCCUCUUAGAAGCUCGACUUGUCGAUGGAGCCGACGAAUAUGAAGGAAGAGUUGAGAUUCAACACGAAGGGUCUUGGGGAACUGUAUGCGACGAUUUAUGGGACCUGGACGACGCUAUGGUUGUUUGUCGACAGUUAGGAUUUGAUGGGGCUUUAGCUGCUCUACCCCAAGCAAGAUUUGGUCAAGGUUCUGGUGAUAUCUUUCUGGAUGGUGUUCAGUGCAAUGGGACGGAAACUAGCCUCAAAGAUUGCAAACAUAAAGGGAUUGGAGUCCAUGAUUGCGGACACAAAGAAGAUGCCAGUGUCUCAUGCAUCCAUGCAGCUCAUCUAGACUUGAACACGCCACCUCGGUUACCGGAUAGACAAGUGACCGGUGUGCUUCAUCACGAUUGUGAAUUAAAUAUAGCAGCUGAUGAUGACGAUAAAGGUGAUCUGAAUCUCUCGCAAUUCAAAAAAGAAGAAAGGAAUAUAAACAUGGACAUUGAUAACGUUUAUGAAACACCCGACAAUGAAAAGGACUUAGAUCCCGAUGAUUAUAUCCUUCCGACCAGGGAAUCAUUAUCGGAUGAGUACAUCGACAUGACAACUGUUUACCAAACGCCCUCAGUGGGGAAAGAUGAAGACAUUGAUGGAUAUUUUCUCCCGUGA